GACGGCGGCGGCGGUGGCUCAGUCGUCGAGAGCAGAGCAAAGAGAUUACGCAUAUUCACUUUUCGCACAGCUAGAGCAGUUCAUGUCCGACAGACAAUGUAAACCAGCCCGGGAGGAUCGCAUCCCGUAUACGUAGAAGAGCUUCAUUGUUCAAACAACAACGACUGAUAACGACGAUGUGAGGAGAGUUGCAACAACAAUAAUUGAUACCGGGGUGGCUGGAUUACUAUCAGAAGCAGUCUGUCUCCUCUCUAGUCAGUGUCAACCAGCUGUUUUGUGUGGAAUGUCCGGAUGGUGCGGUGAAAAUAUGCUGUGAAUGUGUGAUGUUCGUGAUAAGGAGAUUUAGCAAUAAUUUAAACUAGUGUCAUUAGGGAGGUGAUUUACUCUUAUCAUCGACGCCAAGUGGAAGAUCAUCAUCGUCGUCGUUGAGUGCUCGUUGGUGCUAAAAUAGAAACGCAAAUUUCGAUUCAAACUUCGCAGCUCAAGGGUGCCUUAUCUAUAUGUGAUCAGUUAUUGUGUGUUGUAGUGUUGUUGUAAAUCUUAGCAGAAGAUAUCCAAGAGCUUUCGAAAACAUGAGCAUUGACACGAUGAACGAGCUGAAGCAGAAGUACAAAAAUUGGAAGUCCUACAUAAAGUUCGUAAAGCUCGUCUCGGACGGAAUGGAGGACGAAACGAUAUUCGGAGAAAAACAAUCGAUACGGGACUCGGCCCGGGCGCUGAAGAAAUAUGGUAGCAUUUCCGGCGGCGGCGGCGGAAGUGGGAGCGGAUGCGGAGGCGGCAGUCGAUCGCCGGCACUCAGCUCGGAGGCACUGAUACGGCACGAUGUGGACAAAACCGACACGCUGCAGGGGAUCGCGCUGAAGUACGGAUGUAGUAUGGAACAAAUCCGACGCAUCAACCGACUCCUGCCCACAGAUACCAUCUUCCUGCGACCGUUCCUAAUGAUCCCGGUCGACAAGGACUCGCCGUACUACCCGAAAGAUCCGUCGGCCAUCAUCCGACCCAGUUCCCUGUCGGUCCGAUCGGCCACGAUCACCGGCUGUCCACCAUCCAGUUCUUCGGCUUGUUCCACCCCGAUGGACCCGGUGGGUAUCAGCGAAGAAAACGCCAUCUCUCCCGAGGAAGAAAGCAGGAAAAAUAUGGAGGAAUUCCUAGGGAAGAUUGACUCGUCGAUUGCAACGACCCGGAAGUAUAUUGCCGAGUCGCAGCGAAACAGCGAGUUCGGUUCCAGUCAGAUCGAUGAUAAUAUCUUUAGUUCCGGUGCUAGCAUGAACAGUAGUGGGUACUAUUCGAAGCCGAGGGCUUACUCGACGGCUUCCUCUUCAUCGUCCAUCUCGUCAUAUCAGCAGUAUCAUUUCCACGGGUCGUCAGGGACUGGCGGCGGCGGCGGCGGGGCCAGUUCGUCCCAUCAUCACAAACGACAAAGCUCCUCGGGGAGUGCGGCUUCCGAUACGAGUCAGCUGAUCGUAAUGACCCAGGGCAAGCGGGUGCAAAGUUCCCUCCAGAAGCUGGAAAAGCAACAGGACGAGCUGUUCGAAUUGUAGCAGCGACAAAGCCACUGGACCGCCUGGUCCCGGUCCCGGUCGUCAUCCACGGAGGAGGAAGAGUCACCAUCGCCAACGAUAGAAAUGAAAAUGCUCGUCGAUUAUCAUCGGAACUAUCCGGAGGAAUGCCUGUUCGGAGGAAAUCGCGACCACAGCUAUAGUUACUACUACUAUAGGAAUCAUCCUUCCUCGUACCGUCAGUUGGCGGCAACGUUCGGAUCCGGACUGAAGUCGCGGAUCAAUAGCUUUCUCACGCUGCUGAUGAGGCGACGACAAUUGCAGUAUCGUCACCGGAGUAACACCGAAAGCGGAGGAGCGGAACCAUCCAGAAGAGGAAGUCCCAGGGCGACAACGACGACGACGCGGCAACCGGCGUGCGAGACGACGGAUCGGAUCAGCUUUAAGAGUUACUGUAAGCGGCCAAAGGCCAACGGGUAGGAACAAAUCACCGAUAAAUUACCGACAUCGGUGCUGACCUUUUCCACCGGUGUUUGUUAAAAACGCACCGGUGAUCAGUGAGGGAUUAACCGACUACAGUGGUGCUUCACCGAGGUCCCUCAACUCCGAAGUCAGCGAUUGUGUUUCGAUAAGUAGCAUCACUACAACAACUGCUUGUAAGUAGAAUAGUCAUUUCUUAUACUUCAUCACGAUGACACAUCGAGUCAAACUACAAAACAAAAAAAAAAAAAAAUCGGGACGAGAACUCAUACAAUAUUAUGUUAGGAACAAAAGGAAAUAUAAUCUGAAUAAGGCACAUUAGCACUUACCGACACUGAAUCAGCAAAAAAAAAUAAAUAAAAUAAAUGGAACAACCUAAUCGAUGAGAUUCACCUAUAGAGCAAUACACCCCCGUACGCCGAAAGGAUAGAAUAUUAUAAUAUUGUGUUAUUUUUUUCUUUAUUAUUUAGCGUGUAUUAUUUAUACGAAUAGUAUCAUUUACGCUAAGCGUUUUUUUAUAUCGUUACGAACUAAUUUCCUUAUCCGCUGCACAUUGCGGCAACUUGUAAAGUUGUUACAAAACUGGUUUGCAGUAGUGCAUCGUUCUUUUUUUUUCUACUAUAUCGUCACCUCGAAUUAUAUAACAAGUCCACCUUUUCUUAGGUUUAUGUUUAAAUCCCUCAAACAUACUCGUCGUCCGAACAAAGAAUCUUCUAGUAUUACGUUCGUCAUCCAUCACUGAUAAAUAUAUGCUUUUGCAUUAUCGUCUCACGGUACGCUGGCAAAGCGUUUGGCAAGAUGUAAACUCGCAACAACUAUUUUAAUUGACUUACCCGACUAGCGGAACUCACUUAAACGGCUUUUACAGUUGAAAAUAAAACAAAAUAAGAGUGGUGUGUUUGUUGAACAACAAUGUUGUUUCUUGAAAAUUUAGAACUAGUCAAUUUCAAAGUCCAUUGGAUUCGAAAAUAACUUCUUUGGAAUUCAAAUAUUUAAGAAUCGACGAAAGAGCUCACACAUAAUUUCUUAUGAGAUUUGUCCAGUAGUGUCUUCACUAGUAUUUAUCUUCAGAUAUCGGCAUUUACCUGGAAUUUUAUCAAAAAUUUAUUUUAAAUUUUUUCUGCACAUUCUUCAAAAGUUUUGAUACGCAGAUCUUCCAGGAUUUUUUAUUGAGAUUCUUUGAUUGCUGAUUCUGACAUUUUUCGGACAUCGUAGCUGUGAGGCCCUACAAAGGAUGAGAUCCUAAAUAGAAGUUCUUAUGUUUCCACCACGUAUUUGAAGGUAAUAUUUUUCGAGAAAUUAGCCUUAUCCUUUAUUCAUUUAACAAAGUUUUUCAAAACUAAAAUUUCGACAAUUCGAUGAGCUAAAAACUGAUUGUAGGUACUUCCUGUGCAUCCUUGAGAGUUCUCUCCAGGACAAUUGUUUUCUCAAGAUCGUUUUUCUUCUGCCGGAUCUAAUUCUCCCUCAAGUGACAUUUCGCACAGAACCAGGUUUCUUCUUUAGUUGGUUUCCGUUCCAACUUAGCACAAAUGAGGUGAAACGAUCUGUCACACUGGUCACAGCAGACCGUAUCAAAUUACUUACAUAGUCGGAAAUGACCUUCUUUCUGUUAAAGACAUACUGAACCGACAUCCUCUCUAAUGAUCCAGUAACUGGUUUCUUGAUGAGAUGCUUCUUCAAGUUUUCUUGUGUGAUUCACUGCUGUUGACAGGUUGCGCUUGAAGUGACAACCACGCUUUUAUGAUUUGCGAAUUUGAAAUUUUGAACUCUCCUCUUUGGAGCCACCAAUGACCUGUGAAGAUUUUGGUAAAUAAAAAUCUUGCUCCAAUCGAGUGAAAACAGCAAAGCCUUUGACCUGAUUCGCAAAGCAAAUGGAUUGAGUUGUAGCUUACGCUCAGUAUCUCGGCCCGAUUGGCUCCAGGUCAAACAUGUCUCUCAAGCGAAGGGCUGAUAAACUGGCAGAUGAGAAAUACUUUGAAGGACAAGCCUUAACUAAAUUCUCUUACGGGCUUAGAGUCUUACCUGAUUCUGUCUACAGUUGUUUUUUCGCAAUCUCAAUUUUUCUGAGCCAGAACAAGUACCUUUUCUUAAACCAAGGUCUAGUGAUUCUGGAGGGGAAUCUUCGAGCUACCAAAGUGAAACUAGGACUUUCUUUCUGAAGUGAAAGGUUCGACCUUAGGGAGCACACUAAUUGUUUUCUAACUAUGACAUUACAUGACAAAAAGAAGUAAUAUUCCUCUUUUCCCUUUCACCUGUUAUCUGCUGUCUGGCUUAUCUGGCUGUCGCAUACUGAUAUCGCGUGAUAACGUAUUGAUAAGUACGCGAUACCAAGGAAGCGAAAGAGGAGUGGGAUAAUAUACAGGAUUCAUCCGGAAGAUCGGUCUAUUGAGGAGACAUCAUCUACCAGACGUCGCAACAGUACGUGAACGAACUGUUCACGACUAGUCAUCAAUUGGUGGAAGACGGAUUCAAGGUUGACGACGUUUGGCUGACCAGUUUGCUUAUGAAAAGCCUGCCAAAAUUAUACGAUUUGAUGAUCUUCAGCCUGGAGUCAUCCAGUAUCAAGCUAACCGGAACAUCGUCAAGGCAAAGAUCCUACAAAAAGUGUUGCUGCAUGCUGGCGAUCAUAGUAAUCGGUGAAUAGCUGACGUUACCCUAGAUGUAAUUUUUCCUUGUUAUUCGUUUCCCAACUCUCAACCUAUACGAAAGUUACCUAAUAAAGAUCGUUACCCGUUGUUAACCCUCAAGCUCUAUUACUAAAAGGUUAUGGGCGAUUCACGAAAAGAAGCGGUAUACGGCAUUCCCCAGUUUGCGGGUACCGGGUACGAGAAUUGGAAAUUCCGGGUUGAAAAGUUUCUCAAGUCCGUCGGCCUGCUGGAAGUCCUGACCAAGGAAGCCCCAGCAGCUGCAGCAGAAUUAGCAAAAUUCAAUGAACAGGACUGUAAGGCAGCGAAUCUGAUCAUCUCAUUUAUCCACGACGACAUGCUGGACCUCAUCCGGGAGAAGGACACGGCGAAGGAAAUUUGGAGCACUCUUGAAAACGUCUACGCCUAGAAGUCAGUUUCAUCCCAAACAUUGGUCAGAAAGCAACUUGCGAAGCUGAAGAUGUCUGAAGGAACGUCCGUUCGGGAGCACCUCAAGAUCUUUGACGAUUUGAUCCGACAAUUGAAGUCUGCCGGAGCCAAAUUAGAAGAAUCCGACAUGGUGUCCCAGUUAUUCGUGACCCUCCCAGAAUCCUACGACCCACUAGUAACCGCACUGGAGAAUUUCGGCGAUGGCAAGUUAACGUUGGACGUGGUACGUGAACGGCUUUUGGCUGAAGAACUGAAGAAGAGCGAUCGAAUGUUGGACACCCACAAGGAGAAGCCUGCGGCGUUUGCUGGUAACAAGCAGAAGAUGCGCAAGUUUGCUGGCAAAUGCAAUCGUUGCCACAAGAAAGGGCAUAUGGCAAAGGACUGCCGAGUGAAGCUUCAAGCUGAAGCCAUCGUAGCCAGUGGUGGAAAAGCCGUAGCGUUCAUGGUCGGUAGGAGUGUGUCGACAGAAGCUGUCCAGAGGAAAAUCGUGCUUAAACUCGACUCAGGAGCCAGUGAUCACCUCGUCAACGAGAAGAAUUGUUUCAAGAAUCUCGUGAAGUUGAACCGGCCGAUCGUAAUCAACGUUGCAAAGGACAAUGAAUCGAUAGAAGCGUGGCACAAAGGAACGAUUACUGGAGUCAACAACUUGGGAGUGCAAGUAACCAUCAAUGACGUGCUGUACGUUCCAGAUCUGCGAGCAAACCUUCUUUCGGUGAAGAAACUGGCUAGAGCGGACAUCAAGGUAACGUUUGGGAGAAACGCAGCGAAGAUGGAACAUGAAGCUGAAGUGGUCGCGAUCUGUCCGAUACGCGGAGACUUCUACGAGCUUGACGUCUACUAUGAACAAGGUUCCGCUUUUAUCUGUCAAGUCGAGGACGCAAAUCUCUGGCACCGCAGAUUGGGACAUCUGGGAAGCGCGAAUUUGAAGACCCUGGCUGGUAUGGUAACCGGCAUGCCGAAGCAAUCCGACGAACUAGCAUUCUGUGAACCUUGUGUAUUUGCCAAACUAUGCAGGGAACCGUUCAAAGGCACACGUGUCCGAGCAGCAAGACCAUUGGAACUCAUCCACUCGGAUGUAUGCGGCCCAAUAACACCGGCUGCAUGGGAUGGUUCGCGCUAUUUUGUCACCUUUAUAGACGACUAUUCUCAUUUCGCAAUGGUGUACAUGCUGAAAAGAAAAUCCGCAGUAUUCGAAAAAUUCCGGAACUACGAAGCAAUGGCGACUGCGGCAACAAGUUUGAAGAUUUCAAAAAUGACAGUAGACCAAGGCCGUGAGUAUUGUUCGAAGCUUCAGGAAGAUUUUUACGCGUCCAAUGGGAUUCAAGUUGAACCGACUGCGGCAUACACUCCACAGCAAAAUGGAGUCUCCGAAAGAUUCAACAGGACAAUAAUCGAGAAGGUCCGGGCUAUGCUGACAGAGUCUCAAGUUCCAAGAAACCUGUGGAAUGAAGCGGUCCUGGCUGCAACAUAUUUGUUAAAUAGAAGCCCCACAAGUGCCUUGAAGGAUCAAGUAACUCCAGUGGAACUAUGGACAAAUCAGAAGCCAAACCUCUCGAAGCUGCGAGUAUUUGGAAGUAAAGCGUUCGCCUGGAUUCCGCCUCAGCUGCGGAAGAAAUUGGAUUCGAAAUGUCGAGAAGCGCGGCGUUUCUGUAUGGCGACCUGAAAGAAGACGUUUACCUUGCUGUCCCGGAUGGAGUGUUGGCCAAAUCAAAUGUUGUCUGAAAAUUAGAGAAGUCAUUAUACGGACUGAAGCAAAGCCCCAGAUGUUGGAAUGAAAAACUGAACGAUUUGCUAACCAGGAACGGAUUUACUCGGUCAAGGCAUGACUAUUGUCUCUACACGCGAACCACAAGCAACGGAAGCAUUUACGUUAUCAUCUACGUUGACGACUUGCUGUUGGUAGGACGUGACCUUUCGGAGAUCAACGAAAUCAAGAAAAUACUGUCGCAAAAAUUUGAAAUGUCCGACUGCGGAGAAAUCAAGCAUUUUCUCGGAAUCAAGGUAUCCUAUAACAGAGUAGAACGCACGAUGGAGUUGUGCCAAGAAGCUGGAAUCAAUCGAGUACUGGAAAAGUUUGGAUAGAAGGACUGCAAUCCGGUAAAAACUCCUAUUGAGAAGACUCUUCCACCGGUGGCUGAUUCAAAGGAUUGCGUUGGACAUCCGUUUCGAGAACUGUUGGGAAGUCUUAUGUACAUGAUGCUUUGUGUGAGGCCAGACAUUUGUUUUGCCGUUGGAUACAUGGGCAGAUACCAGCAGAAACCUCAAGACGUACAUUGGCAGUUGCUAAAAAGGAUUGUCCGAUAUUUGAAGGGAACUAAAACGCUGAAGCUCAAAUACAAUCCAAGACAGAACGAAUCCCCAUUGACCGGUUUUGCUGACUCGGACUGGGCGACAGACACCAGUGAUCGGAAAUCUGUGAGCGGUUACGUGUUCAAAGUAUACGGUUCAGCAGUAUCUUGGAGCAGCAAAAAGCAGCAGAUUGUUGCAACAUCAUCAAGUGAGGCUGAGUAUAUAGCUUUGAGUGCUGCUACAUCUGAAGGCCUAUGGCUAAAAGGAAUUUUGGAAGAUUUGAAGGAAAUUGCUGCAGAAGACCCGUUUGUAAUUUUUGAAGAUAAUCAAGGGUGUAUUGCAAUGUCGAAGAAUACCGAAUGUAAGCGUGUCAAGCACAUAGACAUAAAACAUCAUUUUAUUAGAGAUCAUAUCAACCAUGGAACACUGAAGGUUGAACCUAUUGGAACCACUGAUCAAUUAGCGGAUAUAUUUACCAAAGGACUGGAUAUCGGACGCUUCAAGACUCUACGGUUCCGCUUAGGAUUGGCCGAUUAAGAGGGGGUGUUGGCGAUCAUAGUAAUCGGUGAAUAGCUGACGUUACCCUAGAUGUAAUUUUUCCUUGUUAUUCGUUUCCCAACUCUCAACCUAUACGGAAGUUACCUAAUAAAGAUCGUUACCUGUUGUUAACCCUCAAGCUCUAUUACUAAAACUGCAUGUACCAUCAGAAUCUAGUCAAGAAGAUAGAAAAGUUCAAAGGAUCUGGACAUGUCAAUUGUUUAUAGGAGUUGAUACAUGAAACAAUGACAGCAACAGCGCAAGAGGUUAUAAGUACCACUCAACAUCAACAACGUAAUGGUUGGUUCGACUAGAAGUUCCAACGAGUGACGAAGGAGAAGAAUGCCGCCAAAGAGCUGUACGGAGUGGCUGAGACCAGAAGAGAAACAGAUUAGCAGCAACGAAACGACAGCCGAAGAGAGCGUUAGCGUCCAGAAGCACAGGAAAGCAUGGAUCAGAACGAAAUGCAGAAGUUUUAAGCAACUGUCAAUGGUGCGUGGCACAAGACUGCACUAGAUUAUCUUUCCCAGCUCCGUCCUCAGAAAUGUUGACCGUUGAAGCAAUUCGAGACGAUCCUGGAGCCAGCUACAUUGAAGAUAAGGACUGUCAAAACAUCCAGGAGGUUCAGUUUCCCAACCAAUACAGGUGCGAGGAUCGGAACAUUACAGUUGUUCAUUGUUCUAAUCAAGCGGACCUGGGAGAGCAAAAGAGAAACGAAUCCACCACAGCACGAAACGACACCACGGAGAAAGCGUGGAGCAUGCAAAAGCAUAAGAAAGCAUGGAUCGGAACGAUAUGCGAAAGUUUUAGACAACUGGCAAUGGUGCGCGCUACAAGACUGCACUAGAAGAACAUUUUCCAAGAUCCGCCCUCGGAAAUGUUGACCCUUGAAGCAAUCUGAAAUGGUUCUCAAUCCAGCUCGAGUCAAGGUGGACUGUCAAGACAUGCAGAAGGGUCGGUUUUCGUUGGUUCGUUGGAAGUAGUGCGCUGACUAGAGCAUCAGUUGUACAGCGCACUACUUCCAGCGAAAGUCAUUGAAGAUAUUUCCGAUACCAACUUAGUGCUAAAACCACAAUACAGUUCUUGAUCCUUCGCCAUAAAGAUAGUCCUAAUCAAGGAACGGACCUGGUGCGCAGCGAAGGAGCGAGCUGAAGAUGAAUCGGCUGUAAGCCAUGGAAUCUCCGAGCACGCGAUGACGGCAAACAACUCAACAGUAUGUGAACUAGCUGUUCACGAGUAGUUAUUAGUUGUCGGAAUUCAUUGGCUGGCAUUGAUUACGGUUGGCUGAACGAUUUGUUUAUGAAAGGCCUAUAGAAACAGUGCGAUCCGAUGAUCUUCGGCCAAAAGUCAUCCGGCUAACCGCGGACAUCGUCAAGGCGAAGAUCCUACAAGGUUUGAAAGCACCAAGCGAUACGAAGCAAGGCGGGGAAGCGUACCUGCGCAAGUCCAAGCAAUAACGUGUUGAAUGGUAGGUACAUCCUUGGAGGUGCAUCACACAGCUCAGUGGAGUGCUAGGUAUCAACUGGUAGGUAAAUGGAAAUAAAUUGUAAAUAUGUUAUACCUAGAUUGAAUAAAGGAGAGGCGCUGAGCUGGUAGCGAUAUCAGUCAGUGCCUGGGUUCGGAAACAGAAAGCCUCGCCUGUGUUUUUAUUUCCAACAUAACGGCAGUGACAAAACGAACGUGAACUGCUACCGGUGCAAGAAAAUAAGUCACUUCGCACAGGGUUCCAGUCAAGUUGGCGAGUAGAAGAAAGAGCUGCCCAGCAAAAACAGUGGGCAUGACGCAUUUGCCGUGGCGCUCAAUGCAAGUGAGGCAUCUACUAUGUCGGUGGCAGCAGAGGAUGAUUGAAUCGUUGACUCCGGAGCAACAGCUCCUUUAUGCCUGGAACGUAAUCUUCAGAACGUUUUGUCAAGUAUCAACGCAGAUAUUGGAGCCACCAUCCUCUAAAUAUCCAUUAACUAGUUCUAGUCCGUAACGGAUCUGGGAGUAAAUUUGUUGUCUGUAAGUGGGUUUGCCGAAACGAUUACAACAUAACAUUCACGAAGGAAUAGUACAAGGUAGUCAGUCCGACGAAUGAAGUUGAAGUGUGUACCCUAGAUACAAGGCACGCAUCAACGACUACCGUUUCUAUCCAUAGAAUGACGUGAACACCGCACCGUCUUUGGGAGCUAGUGCACUUCGAUCUCUGUUGACCUAUGCAUAAUACAUCCAUUGGAUAGUCGAGAAGUAUGCUGUGUUAUGCGUGAUUGUGCCGAAGCAGUUGCAACGGCAUCAUAUGUGAUCAACUGAUCGCCAACUAAGGGAUUACCGGUGACAUCUGAAGAAGCGUUAACCGGGUGGAGAUCAGAUCUGGUUCAUUUAUGUGUAUUUGAAUCCAAGAUAACGCUUAACAAGCCAAAAGAAAGAACAGUAAGAAGAGGAAGAAGUAGGAUACAAUGGCUCAGCCUGGCAUCUUUAUUAGUUAUAGCAGCAGUUCCAUUGUUUUCAGGCAGAUGUAAAAGGUUCCCCUACCGGAACCUGGUCGGCGGUCUACAAUACUCGGCACAAAUAACUGGGUCAGAUUGUAUCUUCGCUGUGAGCCAUUGAGCUUAAGCACGAGCUUGAUUGAUCGCUCGUGGAUGCUGCCAGAAAAGCUACGAUUACACAAGGAACCAAUUAGAUAUCUGCCGGGGACUAAGCAGGUAUUUUCAGAGAGUGAGUGUUGGUGAUCUGCUAUUUUAGGCUACAAUGGCGCCUAUGCCACGUCAGGUUGCAGGUCAAUGUGGGGAAGAGGAAGAAAGUGAUGAUUGCAAUCGUUUGUCACCACUGCAGACCGAAUAUACCCCUGCGUCUGCACAAAUUCAUGUGGAUGUCGGAGUGUUGAUGGGAUAUGAUUGGCAGAGAGUUCACACAUUGGUGCGUGGAUGCCAGGCGUAAAGUGAAAGAUUAGUAUGUUUAUUACUCUGAAGAUGAUGCGCGGCACAGUUCGCUGGAUUACAUAACUCGUAGGUGUUAUCUGAUAGAUUGACUCUGUGCUGUGAAAGUUGGAAGGAAGGGAACCGACUUUUUCAACCUUUUUUCUGUUCUAGCGAUGGCUGUGAACAUACAUGAACUGAUAUGUAGAGAGGAGGGAGAAAGUACAUAGAGAGAUACAAAGUAGGAGGAAAAGGACGGGUCAGGGAUUGAAUCCACCCAACUAACAAUCACUCAUUGUAUUACUGUGUGCAAACGUUGCCCAAAUGCUUUCCAAACGCGGUAACACAGUGUUACCAAAGGAAACUUAGCAACCAUAGUCAAAACCAUCGCCAACUUAGGACUCAAAAGCUCCCACUGAUAUCGGGUUUCGGGUUACUUGCUAGAAAAUCUUACCGCAUUAAGUGCUCCCGCAUUUGAAAUUUGCAUUUCGAAUGCACACAGCAAUACAAGCACCUUUACGACGAAUUAAUUCAGUAUGAUGCUGAAUAACAUUUGCAUAAUUUUCAGGCAGAACCUUUGUUCGGGUUUUGUUCACACAAAAUUGGAGAAACUAUAAAGCAUAGUGUUGUGUACCAACUGAACUAUUUGUUGUUAAAUCUUUUACUAACUAUACAGUAAAGCUGUUAUUCAGCUUUAGCAAAAAAAAUGAUUUAAAAUAAAUAAAAAGCAACAUUUUUCAAUUUCCACAAGGGUUUAUGAUUGGCACUUUUACUGUGAAUAACUAUUGAGAAACAAUAACUGCACAUAAAUUAACUUAAAUCAAGAUUCGAACUCAAGACUGCGUCAUCCUAGAGUCAAGAGAUGAUGGAUUGCAGCGCUCAAAUCAAAACAUAAACUUCUCGUGGUUAAAUAUUGGUCAGAAUUCGACUCCUAUUCAUCAGUGGUGAAUUAGCACAGAAUAUUAUGGGUAACAACUGAACAACACAUUAAUUCAGCUGCUGUUCAGUAAAAAACACGUUUUUUUAUCCUGUACUCUGAGUCGAAGUAUGAUGAAACGAAAGCGCUUAUUUGACUUGUGAAAAGCAUAUUAUACAGUUACGUGUGCUAAUUUUCACACACAUAAAAGAGGAUGAAUAAUUACUCAUAAAUCUAGAUAGUAUAUGCCUGCCUACAAGGGGUGAUCUAAUGCACAGACUAGAUUGUGUUAAUUUCAGAGAAAUUGCCUUUCUAAAUUCGGCGUACAAAAUCACUGUCGCGUAACCUGUUUAACAGACUGAGACCUUUUGAGGAGUUCUUCGUCGGCGAAUAUCAGGAUGAUAUUUGUGAGGGCUAUCGACGGAUCAAAUGCUCACCCUGCGAAUGAUCCAAGACAAAUUUCAGGAAUAUAACUUGCAGACUUACCAUCUGUUCACUGAUUUUAAAACAGCGAACAAUUCAGUUGAAAAUCAUGAGCUUUGACAGAUAAUAUCAGACCAUGGUUUUCCAAUGAAGCUAAUAAGGCAGAUACGCGCAACGCUGGGUAGAUCAAAAUCUAUUGUUUUGUUCGCAAACAAAGUGUCUACCUCGUUUGUAACCUUGGAUGGAUUGAAGCAUCAUCCUGAUAUAAUCCAUCGUUCAAGUUUACUGUUCAACGUUCCACUCCAAGCAGCGAUAUCAGGAGGUCCGGCGUACAGAGGAAUUCAACUAUCACCCAGGGUCACACAUGCUCCGCGGCUUUGCGAACGAUAAUGAUCUCAUCGGCAUCGAUCGUAGGGAAGUUAAGGAAGCUUAUGCUCUUCUGAAAAGGGAAACAGCGACGAUAGGCUUGAGAUUAACUCUACCAAUACGAAGUACAUGAUUGUGGGUAGAGACAAAUUUGAUAGGGAUGUGUUUGAAGUUGUUGAAGUUGGAACACUUGUGACAAUGACGGUUCCCGUGGAAUGAAAAGGAGUAUUGCAGCUACGAAUAGGGUUUUUUAUGGAUUGCGUUACCACUUAGGUCAUGUAACAUGCAAACGUAAACGUAUAAGGCGCUAAUGCUUCCAGUGGCCCUCUGAAUAACUGUUGAAACUAUUCUGCAGAAAUCGACAUUGCGAGUUUACAUCUGCCAAAAUUUUACCAGUUUUAAUUUCGCUUUUAUAUUCUCAUAAAAAUCUUGAGUUAACUUUUUCGUCAACCAAUGCGAACAUAUCCAAUCUUAACCGAUAUGCACCUCUAUAACAAAGCCCAUGCACUAGAUAAAAAUAUAGCUUUACCAAUCGUAUAUGUAUAUGUUCUGUACCCUGAAACCCUUGUGUAUUGCGCCGAACAAUAACCAAAAAUGUAAGUGGAUCUACGAACAAACCAUUAGAGCUGUUGCCUUCAGUGUUAGAAAUACGACAAAAUUGUACUAGUGAUACACGAGGUAAAAUUUGAUCCUUAUCGGAGGAUCUUCUCUGGUCCUUACAAAUUGGCUCACUCGCGUUUUCGUCCUAAUCGUAUCGUCAGUCAGUAAGCCGUCUGUAUGGAUUCACUCAAUGCUUGUGUACUAUUUUUAGCUUACGCUGUUGGUGUCAAUUCUCUGCAAACUAUUCAAACGUCCUCCAAAACGUCUACGUAUUCUAACCCGCACUAAUAGAGUACGAUUGGUCAGCAGCUAUAGGAACUAACAAUCAAACAAUCGAAAUUGUGAUACUAAUUCAGUUAUAUAGGCAAGGCAUUCGUGUGCGAUCCUAGUUAAGUAUGUCCCCCCACUUAUAAUAGUAGCAAUCCUUUGCCGUUAAUAGUAUAAGUUCUGCUUAUUUCUCUGUAUUCAAUCCUAUCGAAUGGUGCAAUUGUCAUUUAAACAAGUAUAUAGAUAUGUAUGGAAAUUAAUACUUUUAUCGAAAAACAAAAAACACAGCAACAACAAUUCACAGCAGGAACAGGAAACCAUUAAACACAAUAUAUGUAACCGAUGCUUUACGACACAGUGUUAGUCAUUGUUAGGAGCGAAAUAUCCCCUCGAAAUAGGAAUAGCAAAAUAGGACAUGUAUUGUACAUAUAUUAGAAAGAAGGAUCACCGGUAACGUCGUCGUUUCACCUAACAGACUUCUAUGUGAGAAACGGUCAAUAGAAGGGGGACGAUGGUUACUAACCUGAGGAAUGAUGGUGCGUAGUAGUAGUAGCUUGAUGGGCCACGAUCCGUUUGAAUCAGGAACAGGGACGGACGGCUCUACCGGAUACAACAAAGAUUGUAGCUAUUUAGUAGGUAACAAAUCGAUCACAGCAGUAUCUAUAUAGGUAUAUAGUUAGCACGGAUCACUUAUUGCGAACGAAUGGUCGUAGAUAUGCAUUUUCCACGGAAGAAGGUACAUAAAGUGAUACGGAAAUUUUGCGUGCAGAGAGACUGGUUGGAAUUGUUAUAAUGGAAAGUUUGUGUAAAACAAUGUACAUAAAAAGUCUAGUGAGUGGAAAUCUAUAAAUAUACACUAAAAGAUAUAUAUGAAUCAAUGAAUCACAAUGAAA